GUAAACAAAUCACCAUUCACCACACUCAUCAAACCCUUUUUUUCGUCUUCAUAGAACAAUCUUUGUCUUUGUUUGAAACAAAACUCCUUCCUUCUUGUUAACAUCAUGAGUAACAACUUCAACUUCUUUCUGCUUCACUUUCUCUUUUCUCUCUUGUUGCCACCUCUUGUCUUCUCCCACACACAUGGAAACCCUGCAAGCGAAAUUGUCGACAUUAUAAACAAGAAUAGAACAGAUCAAAAGCUUCCUAACUUGAAUGACACUCCUGGUUUAGGGUGUAUGGCCUUACAAUAUAUAGAAUUAUGCAAAGGGAACUGCACUGAUAACAACGUCGUAAACUGCAAACCUCCCGAAGACGAUUUCACCGAAGUCUUUGCCCCUAACUGCGGCGUAGAGUUACCUACUUUUGGUACCAUAACCGGACACAUUGUUGGCUGUCAAAAAAACUACCUUGAACCGUCACUAGCAUUUUCUCGAAUCCUCAUCAAAGAUAAGAGAUCUCUGUCUCUUUUGAGAAACAAAUCACAUUCUGAAGUUGGAGUAGGCCUUGUUGGAGCUCAUAAAGGACCUUUCUUUUGGUGUGUUUUGUUUGGUAAUGGAAAAGCUAACACUACGUUUGUGCUUGAGAAUCGCGGUGCCGGGAUCAAACAGAAACAAGGGUGUUAUAGUGGAAGCAAUACUCCAUGCAGUGAAGGGAAGAAACAUGAUGUUCCAUUUUUUAACUUGUUUAUGUUUUAUGUGUUUAUUCUGCUGUUUAAACUUUUGUGAUAAAUUUAUACUAAUUCAAAAUCUUCACUUGACAAUUCAUGAAUUGUAUUAUUUUGUUCAUUUUUGGUGUCAUUUCUCAACCUAUUAAGUGAAAAAUAUAUUAAUAUUAAUACAUGAUUAUUUGCA